AAUGCAAGAUAGUAUUUGAUAAAGGAACAUUUGCCUUUACCAGAACCCAUUCCUCCUGCCGCGUCGAAAGUGUCUCAGUGUAGAAAGGUUUCUCUGUCCUUUGAUCACUCUCAAUUUCUGCUGUCUAACAUCAGGAGUUACACAGAAUUCCUCAGGAAUGUUCUAGGAUUUACAUCCCAGGGUACCUGUUUCACCUUCAGAAUUCUCUAGCCUUGCUCCCUCCCCAAAUUCCUUGGCCCCACCUCUCAGCCUCUCCCAGUCUCAGCUGCCCAGCCCACUGCCAAGAAUCAGGUUCUUCCCCUUCCCCCUCCCUACACCAGGCUGUUUUAUGCCCCCAGGCUCAGCUCUGGGAAGGUCCCCUCCCCUUCUCCCAGCAAUGUGGCUAGUUGUUCAGCACACAUGCAUAUAUUCACACCUCACAACAACCUACAGCACGCACAAGUUACUCAGAGAUAAUAUAUAAACCUUUCUUGACUCCCAACAGACCUAGACUUCUCAGUCUGCCUCUGUCAUCCUAGACUGGCUCCUUCCAUGAGAUUUGAACAAGUUGUAAGUACGUGCAAGAAGACAUGGGGGCUAAAACUCCUUGGAUCCAACUUCAGAAACUUCUCAAUUGGUGGGUCAGAGACCAAGACUGGAACCAGCACGUGGAUCAGCUACAUAUGCUACAGCAAAAAAGUAUUUGGGAGUCUCCACUGCUUAGAGCAGCCAAGGAAAAUGAUAUGUGCACACUUAAGAAACUUCAGCAUGACCAGAACUGUGACUUCCGGCAAAGAGGAGCUCUGGGAGAGACAGCACUGCAUGUAGCUGCCCUCUAUGAUAACCUGGAUGCUGCUAUAAUGCUGAUGGAGGCUGCUCCAUACUUGGUCACAGAGUCCACACUGUGUGAGCCAUUUGUAGGAGAACACCCUUUGUCCUUUGCUGCCUGUGUGGGUAGUGAGGAGAUUGUUAGGUUGCUCAUUGAGCAUGGAGCUGACAUCCGUGCCCAGGACUCCCUGGGAAAUACAGUACUACACAUACUUGUCCUGCAGCCCAACAAAACCUUUGCCUGUCAGAUGUACAACCUGCUACUGUCCUAUGAUGGAGGAGACCACCUGAAGUCCCUGGAGCUUGUGCCCAACAACCAGGGACUCACCCCCUUCAAGUUGGCUGGGGUGGAAGGCAACACAGUGAUGUUUCAACAUCUAAUGCAGAAACGGAAGCGCAUCCAGUGGUCCUUUGGGCCCCUAACAUCUUCCCUCUAUGACCUCACAGAGAUUGACUCCUGGGGUGAGGAGCUGUCCUUUCUGGAGCUUGUGGUUUCCUCCAAGAAGAAAGAGGCUCGACAGAUUCUAGAACAGACCCCAGUGAAGGAGCUGGUGAGCCUGAAGUGGAAGAAAUAUGGACAGCCUUAUUUCUGCCUCCUGGGUGCUCUGUACAUCUUCUACAUGGUCUGCUUCACCACAUGCUGUGUUUACCGCCCCCUCAAGUUCCGAGAUGCCAACCGUACACAUGUUCGAGAUAACACCAUCAUGGAACAGAAAUCACUACAGGAAGCAUAUGUGACUUACCAGGAUAAGAUCCGGCUGGUCGGGGAGUUGGUGACAGUCAUUGGGGCUGUAAUUAUUCUACUCCUAGAGAUCCCAGACAUCUUCAGAGUUGGUGCCUCUCGCUACUUUGGACAAACAGUUCUUGGGGGCCCAUUCCAUGUCAUCAUCAUUACAUAUGCCUCCCUUGUGCUACUGACUAUGGCAAUGAGGCUUACCAAUGUGAAUGGCGAGGUAGUGCCCAUGUCCAUGGCCCUGGUGCUGGGCUGGUGUAGUGUCAUGUACUUCGCCCGAGGAUUCCAGAUGCUGGGCCCCUUCACAAUCAUGAUUCAGAAGAUGAUUUUUGGAGACCUACUGCGCUUCUGCUGGCUAAUGGCUAUGGUCAUCCUGGGAUUUGCCUCAGCCUUCUAUAUCAUUUUCCAGACAGAGGAUCCAGAUAAUCUGGGGGAAUUCUCCGACUACCCCACAGCAAUGUUCAGCACCUUUGAGCUGUUCCUCACCAUCAUUGACGGACCUGCCAAUUACAGAGUGGAUCUGCCCUUCAUGUACAGUGUUACCUAUGCCACCUUUGCCAUCAUCGCCACACUGCUCAUGCUCAACUUGUUCAUUGCCAUGAUGGGCGACACUCACUGGCGAGUGGCCCAGGAGAGGGACGAGCUCUGGAGAGCACAAGUUGUAGCCACCACAGUGAUGCUGGAGAGGAAAAUGCCUCGUUUCCUGUGGCCUCGCUCUGGUAUCUGUGGUUGCGAAUACGGCCUGGGAGACCGUUGGUUCUUACGGGUUGAACACCACCAGGAGCAGAAUCCUUAUCGAGUACUUCGAUAUGUGGAAGCUUUCAAAUCUUCAGACAAAGAGGAAGUACAAGAGCAGCUAUCUGAGAAACAACCUUCUGGGACUGAGACUGGGACUUUAGCUAGAGGCUCUGUGGUUCUCCAAACACCUCCUUUGUCCAGGACUACAUCCCUAAGCAGCAAUAGCCACCGUGGAUGGGAAAUUCUCCGUCGAAACACCCUGGGACAUUUGAAUCUUGGACUAGACCCUGGUGAAGGGGAUGGGGAAGAGAUCUACCAGUUCUGAAGAGAAUCCUGUUUCUGUAGACUUAGCCCCAAGUAGGCCAAGGUGUGAGAAAGGGGGUUGGGGGUAGUUGAAGGUGGGCAGGGAGAAGAGAGCUGCUUUGCAAGAGUUUGAAUUCUAUGGUUAUGAAUAGCUGGAUGAUAUACACAAAAUAUUCUCUAAGCAGCAAUAUUUCACAUUUGAGCAUUUGUAGAGAUGGGCAAUGGUCAUCAAGUGUUGUAUGUACCUUUUCAGUUCCUCUAAAGCUCAUAUCCUGAGAGCCUGGCAACUAAGGAUAUAAAAUGGGGGCUAAUUGACAUUUCUGGUUGACAUCUGGACCAUCUUUCUUAUGCCUUGAACAGAAGGCAGAAGGCAGCAAGCCAGGAGACUUGCCUAAUUUUAUAAUGCAUAAUGUGGAAAGAACCAUCAUACCAUGAACAUCCUUUCCAUCUCCUUACCCUUCUAGGGACUCUCUUCCCAGCUAGCAAAUCCCAUGUAGAAAACUAUAGAAAAAAAUACUUCCUUAUCCUGUUUUCUUUAAUUUUUCUCUUUUAUCAAAAACUAUAUGUUAUGUAAAGCAUCAUUUUUCAGCAUAAAGUACGUUCAGACUAUUGUAUAGCCAUUACUAGAAUUCAUCUACAACCAUUUUUCAUCUCAGACACUCCCAUCCACUGAACAGUAACUCUCCACUAGUCCUUUCCUUUAGUCCUCACUAACCAUUAUUUUACUUCCUCUCCGGGAAUUGAUUGUAGUUGCUUUAUCUAAGGAGGAUUGUACAAGACACGUUCCAUUGCACUUGCCUUGUUUUAUUUAGUAAGAUAGUUUCAAGGUUUCUUCUCUUCUCUAAAAGUAUCAGAAUUUCAUUUCUCUUUAAGUCUGAAUAUACCUACACCAAAUUUUAUUCAUCCAUGUAGCAAUGGCUUUUCUUAUCUUCUGGUUAUGGGGAACAUUGCUGCUAUGAAAAUAAAAGUGUGCAUGUCUAUAGAGGCCCUUGUUUUUAAUUCUUGGGUGUUGUGGAAGAAUUAUAUGCCUAGAAAUUGAACUGACAUGUUGCAUGACAACCCUGGGUUUAAUUCUUCGGAUAAACUACCAUACCGUUUCCAAUAGUAGCCUUCAGCAUUUUACUGCUUCUGCUAGUGGGUGUGAAAUGCUAUCUCAUUGUAGCUUUGAUUUGCCUGUCUCUAAAGACUAAGGAUAUUGAGUCUCUUUUCAUUCUUUUAUUUAUAGAGUAGUUUUUAUCAUUGCCCUGCCUUCUGGUGUCCAGAGCCUCAGAGUCUAACAUGUUAGCAUCUCAUUUGAAUCCUGAUGUAUUUUAUGAGUGGUGAGGCAUGUUUUCCUUUGUUUGAAUGACCCAAUAAUUUUUUUUUCUAUAGGACCAUCUAUCUCUUAGGUACUACCUUGCAAGUCUUCUUUCUUGAUGCUGAAACAUAGGCUCCUGUUGAAAUGCAAAUCAAAACAACCCCGAGAUACCACCUCACACCAGUCAGAAUGGC